UAAUAUUAAUACUUAAUAAUUUAUUGAUUAUUUAUAAGACAUUGAAGAAGUAUGAACAAGCAAUCAAAGACUACACUAGAACUAUCUAAAUAAACCCAUUCGUGCUGUUGCAUAAAAUAACAUGGUACAAUAUUAAUAUAUUAUAAUAGUUGUUUAUGGCUCGUUUUAUGACAAACCAAUUCAAGGCUUCAUGAAGACAAUAUCAAUUUGAUAAAAUACAACUUUACGCCAUCUUAAUUAUAAAAUCUUUAUUUAAACCAUAAAUAAUUUCCUAAAUCUCGAG